UGUCCAGGGUGGCACCGGCCUGCUGCCACAGCCCCAGUCCACCAUGCCACCCAUGCUGUGGCUGCUGCUCCAGGUUGUUGCCCCAGCGCUGGGGUUCUACUUUUCCAUCAGCUGCCCCAGUGGUAACCAGUGCCGACAGGCCCUCCUCUCCGGCAAUGAUAUUCUCCUGUACUGCAACUCCUCGGGGGCACGCUGGUACUAUUUAUUCACACGAGGCGAGAAGGGCACAUUCACCAGCCUCACCAAUAUUUCCAAUAUGGAAAUAAUGCCUGAGGGCAGCCUUCUCAUUAAAGAUCCAUUGCCCUCCCAGACGGGCCUCUACCACUGCUGGAACAAGAAUGACCGCCAAGUGGUGCAGUAUGAGAUUGACUUCCAGGAUGUCACCAUCCUGCAUGUAACACACAAGGGCCUGGGUCAGAGACCCCUGCAGAACGAGACCCUGCAUCUGGGCGGCAAAGAGCUCAUUUUUACCCGGUGGGAGCCCUGGCAGGACUGCAACCACUGCGAGGAGCCUGGCGAGCGUAAGCGCCUGGGGUACUGCUAUAUUGAGGAGCGUCUGGAGGAAGCCAUGCCCUGCUGGCUCUAUCUGGGAGACGUGCAGGUGUGGUCCAGCCGCUUGCGGCCUGAGCUGCAGGUGGAAGCCUGCCACGUCCCGUGCAGCAACAACACACAGUUAAAGAUGAAUUACGUCAUUUUUGACAACUUCAGCCUUGAUGAAGAGACAGAAUUUGUGUGGCUCAACUGUCCCUUAGGAUCCAUCUACAGGCCCGUCAACUGGCGUGCCAAUGACACCCCCCUGACGUGGGAGAGCCAGCUCUCCGGCCGGGACUUCACCACCUUCCUCGACCCCUCUACCGGCGGCAGGCAGCUGCAGGUCUUCCAGCCGGCCAUCUACAGGUGCUUCGUGCAGCAGGAGCUCGUGGCCCAGUUCAGCCCCGCCGCCAAUCCGGAGACGCUGGAGGCUCAGUGGAGAGAGAACGAGGCUCAGUGGAGAGAGAACGAGGCUCAGUGGCAAGAAGCAAGGAAGGCCCCACAGGGCAGGGCAGACUCUGUGCUUAAGGGGCUAAAGCUGGUGCUGCUCGUGGGCAUCGUCCUGGCCCUGCUGGGGGCGCUGCUCAAGUUCAUGCACCCUUCCCCAGGCAGGAAAAGCAAACAGGUGCUGAUGGUGAAAUAAAGUGAGUCCCC